GAUUAUUGGCAACGCCGCUUUCGCCCAAAAUGUACGUCACACAUGAAGUUUAAUAAUGAAUAUUUAUUGCUUUGCUGGAUUAAUAACAUUAUUAUUUGCUUUAAAUUAACAGAAAUUGAUUAAUUAAUGUAAUUGACUUCUGUAAGAAAGUAUUGUUAAUGAUUCGGCGUGGUCCAGUGAAAAGUUUGGGGGGCGUAUUGAGGUAAAAAAUGGCACGGGAUUAUGAUCACUUAUUCAAAUUGCUCAUCAUUGGCGAUAGCGGAGUCGGAAAAAGUUCGCUUCUACUUCGAUUUGCCGACAACACCUUCUCCGGUAGUUACAUUACGACGAUAGGUGUCGAUUUUAAGAUACGCACCGUAACAAUAGACGGUCAGCGUAUUAAAUUACAAAUUUGGGACACGGCAGGCCAGGAGCGGUUUCGGACGAUCACGAGCACGUACUAUCGAGGAACGCACGGUGUAAUCGUUGUGUACGACGUGACGAAUGGUGAGUCGUUCGCAAACGUCAAACGAUGGCUGCACGAAAUCGAACAGAAUUGUGACGUCGUCAACCGGAUCUUAGUGGGAAAUAAAAAUGACUGUCCGGAUCGUAAAGUAGUCCUAACGGAGGAUGCGAAGCGAUUCGCAGACACGAUGGGUAUACAGUUAUUCGAAACGUCAGCCAAAGAUAACAUAAACGUUGAGGAAAUGUUUAUAAACGUUACUAGGUUAGUUUUACGAGCGAAGUUAGAAAUGAAAGAGCGACAGAAUGUUACGCAGAACGAUGUCGUUAAUUUAAGGAAGAGUAAUAAGCAGGGCAAAAAAAGAUGCUGUUAAUGUUUUUUUAAAUUUGCUUUCUAUUUU